AUUCUGUUUUAUUUUUUUAGUAUAAAAAUGCUUCUGACUGAACGUUUUUGGGAAUUAGAGCGUAAGUCAUCUCUGUUCAGCAGGAGCGGUGUCCACUCACUGGAGGAGUUGCUUGCGCUACGUCCCAGGGUUGUCGCUCUACUCGGCGACCAACCUAACGAUGGUUCGGUAAUAUCUUUUAUGAUACAUUACGUAACAAAUUUAGUGAGCUCUUGCAGCCUCUGGGACCACAGCAACAGUAACAAGUCGGUAGACACACUGGCUACACCUCUAUUCACGGUAACGCCAGAAAAUGAACGAAUAUUUCAGUUGGACGCUGAGCGCACAUUUACAAAUGAAGAGCAUCGCGAAGCUUUGUGUUACAAUCUACAGGAGGCAUUCAGCCACGUUGGCAACUACCACCAAGGUGAAGGUUUUGUGGUAGCGUUUUUAUCAUUAUUCCUGGACACAACCGAUGUUGUCCGUUUAAUCGUACACUUACAUGAGGAUCCUAUGAGCGGUUACUUUUCAUGCAUGCCGGAGGCAUAUGUGCGUGACUCGCGUGUUUUGAUGAAGUUGCUGGAAGAACGCAAUUUGAAGCUUCACGACCACUUAAGCGGACUUGUUGUGCCGGAGGCAUUUUGCUCCAAAUGGUUCAUUGGUAUGACCAUUCAUGUUUUACCAUUCACGCACGUGAUAACUUACAUGGAGCGAGUUAUCUCCCGUGGUGAAUGCUACAUUUUCAGCUUUGGGCUUGCCUUUUUGCUAUAUCAUGGUGAUGCCAUACUGGCCAGCAAUGAUGUGUCUCAUAUACUGGCGCUUCUACGCCUGGAUGAAUCGAUUUUACCAUCGGAAUCCGAGAGCGAGUCUAUAUACAAUGGCAUACUGCAGAUGGCCGAUGAGAUAGAAGUCGAGUCUGAGAAAAUAUCACAGCUUCGUAUAGAUGUUGCUGCUGACAUGGUUCGUCAGAAGGAGCAGCGUGAACAACGCAUGAAGGAGCUUGAAGCGUCCGAUGAUGAGAUUGUAUUUUCAGAUGAAGAGUAAUAAUAAUCGGCCCCAGCAUCAUGGGUGGAGCAGUGGGUACUUAUAGUGACAUUUGUCAGCUGAUAUAUUAGUGCAAUAUAAUACACGCCAUUGGGUACACGCCAACCGUGAUGCAAGGUCCAUUGUCCUCCCCCGGGAGUAACUAUCCCCCCUAAUAUC